AAACAUGAUGCCUCCGGCAGUAAUAAUAAUGUGCAUUGCUUCCGUACAUUGACUCCUAAUAACAACGUAGAACCAUGCCCGCGGGCCCUGUAACGUCUCUAGAAGACACCGAUGACCAAGCCGCCCAGCUCAUACGGCACAUUGACAUAUAUUACGACGACAACACCCAUGGAGCUCAGUGCGGUCCUCAUGAUCCUACAGCAAGGCAGAGUGAGCAACAACUCGUCAAUAUGCCCAUCAGACUUGCCGAGUCCGUCGAGGAGCAACACUGUAUACCAGCGCUGCCAGUGGACGCGAAAGACACGUUGGAAAACGACCAAUCACACGAGCUCGCUAUAAGAAUACAAGGCUUACUGCAGGAGGUGAAUACUAUCCUUGACCGUACAUUUGAGACCGAAGAACUUCGGCAUACAUUGCACGGUACCACCGAUGGCAAAGAACUCCUUAUUCGCGUCGAACCCAUAAUCAUCUCCAUCUCCUCCUCCAUGGCACCGAUCAAAACCUCAAUCGAUAGUCUGAGAGAAGAUAUAUCCAACUACAAAGGUGAUGACUCCCUUCGUCUUAGCGCUGAACUGGAAGAACUUGAGAGAGAGUACAGGAAGGCAGAUGAUAAACAAAGACGGUUGAAGCUAGAAGUCAAAGAAAAUGAGUGGUCACAAGAAUUUCAGACCUCUGCAGAUCAAGCUGAUGCUUUGAUGGAACCUCUGCAACAGAGCCUCGCUAGCUGUCAGGAGUUUCUCGAGCGACUACAUCGUUCCCGGAAUCCAAUACCAAAUGAAUCAGAUUUUGAAGGACAACUCAGCACUGAGGGAUUUCAGCGUAUUGUCAGCGACCAUGAGUCACUGGUAAUGACAUACGUGCCAAGUACCGCCCGGAUGAUGAAAAAGCUAGAUAAGGAUCUUCAGGAGCGAAGAAUCGACAAUGGAGCCGCAUUAAGACGAUUCAAUGAUUUAAACCAGAAAUGGUGCAGCAUCCAAUAUCAACUCAGAGAGUUAGAGAAGCAACUCCAGGCGGCGAGUCACGAAAUAGGCUUGCCGGGACAUUUUUCGUCUGCAGACAUGGAGGUUCUUACGGAUGAGGCAUUUUCAACACAACAAUUUGAGGUUGAUAAUCAUCAGUCUUCCAGUAGCGCAGACAGGGAAGUUGCCACUCAUUCGACUACCUCUCCUCGGGUAUCCUCCUUUCCUGCCACCUCCGUUAGGAGAUCUCCUGAAAAGUCGCAGGCAGUUAGGUUGUUACAUAUAAACGACAGUCCGAAAGUUGGCAAUCGUCGAUCAUUGGGUAGUCAAGCUUCUGCCACCUCCGGUAACUCCUCAAUUACUGCUGGGAACCUUUUUGAGAAACCACGGUGGAACUCUUCUCCCAAAGUUUUCGAAGUGGCAACAACUACAGCAAAUCGCACUCGUCUACCUCCUCACGUCUCGCGCCCUCUAAGUCCCACCCCCAACAGUGCGUCACUGACCCCCACGUCUUCCAGGGUACGUGCCAGGACGUCAAGUCACAAAAGCCAGAACAUUGAAACCGCAUCUGGAACGGUGUCUGCGCGAGAUGAAUUAUCCGACGUGCAGCAUACACAUAAUUCGCGACUGUCUUCUAACAAAGGUCAAUCCCACCUUGAGCAUGCCCGGAUGGGUCUCAAGACCCCUGAAUCAGGAAGACCGCGCCUGUCUAGCACAUUUUCCGCACUUCAGCCGCGGCUAUCCUCGGGCAUGUCUGCACUCACGACCAGUGAUCGUCAAUACUCCCAUGCGACCCUUAACGCCGCUCACGUCUCACGGCGGGGUCAUAGUCGCCCACCGCCCUCAUCAUUCCAUCCUCCCACACCUGCUCCACGUCCAUCGUCUCGAUUAUCGACAGCGUCAUAUUCCAAUUUCGAUCACUCAGUACUGACCCCUUUCCGACCGAGCCAUUGGGAUGAGCUUGACAAAGAUGUGCAGAGGAUCAUAGUCGAGGAAGGUUUCCAAAGUCACUUUACGGCUAGAGUGGAUCAGCCUUUGAAAAAGGGUCAGCGCAUGGCCGAGGGCCAAGAUUGGAAAGGCGAGUUCGUCUUCGGUGCCGGUCGGAAACCUACGCCGGUGAAAAGGAUAGAGCUAAGUGGAAGGAAACCUGGCUUAGAAAAGCGUGUCAAAGUGAUGGUGAAAGAGGGUGGGAGAUGGAUUGAACUGGCGGAGGUACUAAGAGACAGAAAAGAUACGAUAGAACUUUUAUCGCCGUGAACGUCUUGGAAGAGCAUUCUAGUAGGUGUGUAAAAUCUGUUGUAUAACGAAAUUAAGAACCAUACCGCCAAUACGUACAUCUAUUUGAAUACGAUUCUCUUAUAGAGACCUGCUUCA